AUGUCCUACGACCGUACAAACCACCAACCCAAUUUCAAGCCUGUUGACCACCUCUUUGAUGACAGACUUCGUCAGUUCACUAAUACUGGAGGCGAAUUUGUCGACUUGAAUCUUCCCAAAUUCUACACUUUGGAGUCUCGUGAAAUUCCCAACUUGCAAUCCUACAGAGUGCCAGAUGUAGACGGAAAAACUGCUCGUCCCUUGUUCAAGGAUAUCGACUUUGACAAUGUCAACUGGGAACAUAUUGGUAUCGGCUACCAAUUCGGUCCAUCUUGGAAAUCGUUCUGGGUCAAGUUUGAAGUAGAAAUUCCAGAAGAUUGGCUCAAACAUGAGAUUAUCGAAUUGGAAUGGGAUCUGAGUUCCGAGGCCAUGAUCUUGAACGAAAAGGGUUUUCCUCUCCAGGCAUUCACGGGAGGUGAAAGAAACCUAUUCAGAUUCCCUGACGAAUACAGAACAUCCCAAAAGCAGACUUUCUUUAUUGAAGUAGCUUGUAAUGGAAUGUUUGGUAACGGUGCCGGAGGACAUCCGGAUCCCAACAGACACUUCCGCUUAAAUAGAGCCCAUAUCCAGAUUCCCAACAUGGAAGCUAGACGGUUGUUCUGGGACUUCUGGAUUCUUGGAGACGCUGCCCGUGAAUUCCCUGGUGGAAACUGGCAGAAGUACCAAGCAGCAGAUAUUUGUACGAAGAUCAUGGACGUCUUUGACCCUGAAGACGUUUCCUCUAUAGCCAAAGGCCGUAAGCUUGCCGAAACCUUAUUGGGUUCGAAGGUGAACUCGGAACUGGUGUAUGACCAAUACGCUAACACCGAGUUGAAGCGCAUUGAUGUAUUUGGCAUUGGAAACUGCCAUAUCGAUACAGCCUGGGAAUGGCCAUUUGCCGAAACCAAGCGUAAGAUCGUUAGAUCCUGGACUACGCAGUUGAAGUUGGCUGACGAAUAUCCCGAGUAUGUAUUUGUAGCUUCUCAGAUGCAACAGUUCAAGUGGUUGAAGACGUACCAUCCAGAAACUUUUCAAAAAGUCAAGGAAAAGUAUGCCACCAACCAGUUCUUGCCCAUUGGAGGGUCGUGGGUCGAAAACGAUACAAACUUGCCCAAUGGAGAAUCUCUCAUCCGUCAGUUCUUGUUGGGGCAGAGAUUCCAGCAUAACGAGUUUGGAUUCUACUCCAACAUCUUCUGGUUGCCUGAUACUUUCGGCUACUCUUCCCAGGUGCCUCAGAUCUGCCAGCUAGUGGGAAUCAGCCGUUUCUUGACCCAGAAGUUGUCAUGGAACAACAUCAAUCUGUUUCCAAUGUCAACCUUCAACUGGAAGGGUAUCGACGGGACUCAGGUGUUGACCCAUAUGCCUCCUGCAAACACCUAUACGGCUGGAGCCAACUUUGGAGAUGUAGUCAGAUCGCAGCAUCAACAUAAAAACUUGCGCGAUGUGCCAGUCGGCCUUUUGUUGUUUGGCCAUGGUGAUGGAGGAGGUGGUCCAACAGAAGAAAUGCUUGAGAAAUUGAGAAGAUGUAGAGGAUUGGCCAACACUUCUGGCUUGAUCCCUACUGUUCAUUUAGGAAAAACUGUAGACGACUUUUACGAGCAUGUUUUGGCGAAAUCGAACAAUGGUGCUGAUUUGCCCACCUGGCUGAGCGAAAUGUACUUGGAAUACCACCGUGGUACCUAUACGACUCAAGCGAAGGUGAAGAAGUUCAUUAGAACAGGCGAAAUCAAGUUGCACGACUUGGAAUUGCUUGCUGGUUUAGUCUCUGUAGCCUCAUCCAAGUACAAGUAUCCCAGCAAGGAAAUCAAGGAUCUCUGGGAAGACUUGUGUCUUUGCCAGUUCCAUGAUGUCAUUCCUGGAAGUUGUAUUGGUAUGGUUUACUACGACGAAGUUUAUCCUAUGUUGACUGCAUUGCUUGAAAAAGCAGACAAGUUGAUUGAUGAGGCUAUCACGUUCUUGACCGAUUCCAGUUAUGAGAAGAAUGUGGGAGAUUUAGCUUUUUUCAACACGUUGCCAUGGAAGAGAAGUGGUGAAUUGAUCCAUAUUUCUAAUGAAAACAAAGAGCUAUAUGAGUUAUUACAGAACACUGAGUUCAGUGUCAAACAUAGCUCUGACAAGUUGUUGAUCAGUGUCAGUUCUGACGAAGACGGUUUGACCAAAUUGAACCCUGUUGAUUCGCUUGCUUAUCCAGCUUCACUUUUGAAGACUCGUAGUGGCAAAUACAUUCUUUCUAACGGUCUCUUGAAGGCUACCAUUUCUGCCAAUGGUGUUAUCACUUCGUUGUACGACGUCAAGAACGAUCGUGAAGUGAUUGACUCCACUGCUACGAAGCAGACUGCUGGAGAGGGUGGAGAAGUUGGUGGUAAUCAGUUCAUAGUAUUUGAUGACGAACCUUUGAACUACUCGGCUUGGGACACUGAGUUAUAUUCUUUGAACAAGUUUAAGUUCUUGAAAGGUGGAGAAAUCACAAUUUUGAGCAACACUCCUUUGGAGAGCUCGAUCUUGGUGAAGCAUGACAUUUCGGCUCACUCUUCAAUCGAGACGAUUAUCUCCAUCCAGGGUCUUGACAGUGCUGACGAUGUCAGCAACAACUACAUCAAGUUUAGCUCGCAUGUCAAGUGGCACGAAAAGUACAAGUUCUUGAAGGUUCAGUUCCCCACUACCAUCAACAGUGCUCUUAAUGCCAACUAUGAGACUCAGUUCGGAAUAACACAAAGACCCACACACUGGAACACAUCAUGGGAUGUAGCCCGGUUCGAAGUGGCUCACCACAAGUUCAUGGACUUGAGCGAGUACAACUACGGUGUUUCCAUCUUGAACAAUUGUAAGUACGGAGGUGCCAUCCACGGUAAUUUGAUCCGCUUGUCAUUGUUGAGAAGUGCCAAAUCUCCGGACGACUUGGCUGAUAUGAGUGAUGACCAUGUAUUUGAAUACGCCAUUUAUCCCCACAAGGGUGCCUUGGGUGCAGACACCGUAAAGUUGGGCUGGAACUUCAACUACCGUAUCGAGAAGGCUCUUAUUGACCCUAAGAAGCAGUUGGCUCGUCUACUUGGUGCUGUAAAGUUGGAAGGUGGUGAUAGUUUGAUUUUAUCCCAUAUCAAACGAGGCGAGAACGACGAAGACGUCAACGACAUGGAACACAUCAAGUCUGAGGGCAAGUCGCUUGUCCUUAGAGUCUACGAGUCGUUGGGUGGAGCUACGAGUGGUGUGUUGAAGUUCGACACAAGCGUGUUGAAGAUUGCUAAAGUGUUCAAGACCAAUGCGUUGGAAGACGAAACUGAUCCAGCCGUCAACGACAAGGGCGAGUUGCCUAUCAAGUUGAGAGCAUUUGAGAUUGCUACAUUUAAGGUUGUUUUGAAUUAAAAAAAUUGUUAGUUAUGUUAGUUAUGUUUAUCAAUAUUUUCCU